AUGACCCGCCUCGCAAUAGCCGCAACGCUCAACCACAUCCGCCGCAUUUUUGUGCCGUGGCUGGGCCAGUAUGUCUGCGGGUACGAGUCGCCGCUGGAGGAUCUCCGGCUGGCGCGGUCGAAUCCCGAGGUUUUUGUUGCUGCCAUGCUGGGCGGGACUAGUACUACUACAUCUUGGUGGGGGUGGUGGGGGUGGGUGCUGUUUAGUUGUGGGCAGAAGGGCCUUUGGGACAUGCUCGGUUCGUACCUUGCUGAGAGGCUACUAUGGUUGAGUGCAUCUGGUGGUAGUAGUAGUAGAAACGAUAAGAAGAGACAGGCCGGCGGUGCAGGGAGCUCGGCGGGGUGUGGUGAAAGCAGAAGCAGGUCGAGGUUGGAGGCUCACGGCAAGAAGAGAACGAGAAAGAGGAACAAAGAUGCCAGGACAGAGUUCUACCAAGAGAUGAUCAAGACGGGGCAUCUCGCCUACGCCCUCGCUCGAGUCGAGUAUCUCUUCGCCAGGGCGACGAACACAGCGGCGUGGUGUAUCGCCUUACACAAACUACUCCUGUCCGGCGGCGAGGCCGAGUACACCGCCCUGGGAAUCGCGCUUCAACAGAACUGGACAAGGGUGCCGCUUGCGGCGUGGCUGUUGGGCCGUUCCCUGAUGGACGUGGUUUUGCCGCUGCUGCGGGAGGCGCUGUUAUAUGGGAUUCGGGGGCAGCCGGCAGUGUUGAUGGCGGUGGUGGGGGUUCUUGGGGGCGUAAUAGGGCUGUUGAAGUACCGGAGUACAGUCUAUAUCGCACUGGAGAUCAGUGGUCUGUUCAUCUUUGCAGGCCCGACUAGCAUUACCUUCGACCGGAGAACCCUUCCAGAGGCAGGACUGCCUGGGUUUCGUCACACGGCGGGAGGUGGAGAAGAGAGGAUAGCAGAUUAUAUACGCGAAUAA